UUUUGUUUAUCUACCGGAGGACUUGCAUGCAGAGGAACAUUUCUCUGCUGUGACCUUGCCGCCACGCUUACCACCAUCACCAGUUCACCACCAUCCCCACCUUCUUCUAUAUUACUCCCCUACUUGCUUUUGUUGUUUUGCUUACUCAUCAAAUUUCAUAUUUCCAAUUUCUCCAAGACUUUCAAAAGGCUUUUCUCCCCUACCCUUUUCAGAUUUUCCUUUUCUUGAGCUCUCACAUCCACAAAUGGUGCUAUCAAAACGUCGUGGCCAUAGGUUUUUCAAGUUUAGAAGCAGCCCCAUUCAUGAUUCUUCUUCUUUUGGAUUAUUUCUUUACAAUUUUAUUGAAAUAUAAUCAUAAACAAGGAUAUUCCAAUUAGCCUUUUAUCUAUCUAUCUAUUUCUCUAUUGGUUGAAAAAAAAAUAUAUUCUCUUCUCUACCAUAUCAACUACUAUUCUUGUAUAGGUUUCCCAGACUCUCCACCUCUAAAAAUAUCUGCACAGCUUUUUUUAAAUAUUAAUCUUUUCUGGGUUUAAUACAGAGACAGAUGGUUGCCAAGGACUACGAGUUUGCACAAGGAGCACUUGUCGAAAUGGCUUGGAUUAUGCUGUGUGUCGAUUACUCGAGGCUUUUUUGGUUAUUAUUUGGUGUUUUUUCCUACGAAAAUCAUGAGGGAAAGCCUCGGAUCAUCUAGCACAAGCAUCUCCAACUUCUUCAAUAGUUUCUGUAGAUAAUAAAUAAUAUACAGUAGAUUUAGCUGAUCAUAAAGGUAAUUAAGAGGGCUGCAACAGAAAACUUCUCUGCUGGUGUGGGUUUUCAGAUAGAGGGUUUCUUGAUUAAUUAGUUUCUCAUCAGCCAUGUACAAGAAUCGAUUAAGUGGUAGCGUUGGUGGAACAAAGCCACAGCUUGGAUAUGUUGAAACUGACCCUUCUGGUCGCUAUGGACGAUUCAGAGAAGUUCUUGGCAAAGGUGCCAUGAAGACAGUGUAUAAGGCUUUUGAUGAGGUUCUUGGAAUGGAGGUGGCAUGGAAUCAAGUGAAGCUUAAUGAUGUUUUACGUUCACCAGAGGAGUUACAGCGACUAUACUCCGAGGUUCACCUCCUUAAGAACCUCAGUCAUGACUUCAUCAUAAAAUUCUACACAUCUUGGAUUGACAUUGAUCGAAGAAACUUCAACUUCAUCACUGAAAUGUUUGCCUCAGGCACCCUAAGAGAGUACAGAAAGAAGUACCAGCGAGUGGAUAUUCGAGCAGUCAAGAACUGGGCACGUCAAAUUCUCCAUGGACUUUCUUAUCUUCACGGAAACGAUCCUCCUGUGAUACAUAGAGAUCUCAAGUGUGAUAACAUUUUCGUCAAUGGCCAUCUUGGGCAAGUCAAGAUUGGUGAUCUAGGCUUAGCAGCUAUUCUUCGUGAGUCACAGCAUGCUCACAGUGUCAUAGGUACCCCUGAAUUUAUGGCACCAGAAUUAUACGAAGAGGAAUAUAAUGAACUGGUAGACAUUUAUUCCUUCGGCAUGUGUGUGUUAGAGAUGCUCACUUCUGAGUAUCCAUAUAGCGAGUGCUCCAAUCCAGCCCAGAUAUACAAGAAAGUGACUUCUGGAAAGUUGCCAGAGGGAUUCUACAGGAUUAAAGAUAUCGAAGCCCAGAAAUUUGUGGGGAAAUGCUUAGAGACUGCUUCAAAGAGGUUGCCUGCUCGGGAGCUCUUGUUGGACCCAUUUCUGGCAUCUGAUGAAUCCAAACUGCUGCCAGUGCCAAAAAUCCCAUUUCAAACGUCUUCUCCUGAUGGAACAGAGGAGAUCAUUCCAUCUUUGUUGGCUGACCCUACCAAGGCCACAGAAAUGACUAUUACCGGAACCCUGAAUCUUGAAGAUGACACAAUUUUCCUUAAAGUACAAAUUUCUGACAAGGAUGUUUUGCUAAACUCAGGUGGCACCAGGAACAUAUACUUUCCCUUUGAUACCAUGAACGACACUGCAAUUGAUGUCGCACUGGAAAUGGUGAAAGAAUUGGAGAUCACUGACUGGGGACCAAUGGAGAUUGCUGAAAUGAUAGAGGAGCAGAUAACAUCCUUGAUUCCAAACUGGGAAGAGUGGGACUUCUCCCAAGUCUACCACCGGCAGCACAGCUUUAACUAUGAUGAUGAAGAAGAGGACAGAACCCACCAUCCUUUCCACUCCAUCUCCUCCCGUAAUUCUUCUCAGGCUUCUCUUUUGGCUUUAAACCCUUCCUAUGAUAAGCAGCAGCAUCACGGAAGCAACCAUGAAUGGCUUCAAGGAGAGGCAUUUAUGAAUGAUGAUGCGAGUUCUCAAAGCUCGUUCAACUGCUCUACUUUAAAUUACUGCUCAGGCAAUGAAGAUGACAGCGAUAUCAGAGGAGGAGAGCCUCUCUGCUUCACAAAGGCCCAUAAAUCUACAAGAUUCUGUCCUGCAGACAGCUUGUGUGCGAAACAAUUAAGACAAAGCAAUUGGCAUUUGGAUUCUUGGGAAGGCAAUAGCUCAAAUACCCAGCGAAAGCUAAGCAGGAUCCGAUCACUUGUUGAUGUUCGUAGCCAGUUAUUGCACAGAUCACUGCUGGAGGAGAUACACAAAAGGAGAUUAUUCAGGACUGUUGGAGCUGUUGAGAAUAUUGGAUUUCAAGAGCCCGGUUUUCCAGAUGAUGAUGAAAAGCAAAGAUUUAAAUGGUGAAAGAAAAUCCCAUUUAUUAGUAAAUAGAUAACUUUUGCACUGUGUUUUUCUAAGCAAUGCUUGUAAAAACUGUGAACACCUUGAUAAGGUUUUGGGUUUUGUUGAAUCAAAUAAGCCACUGUCCCCAUCCUGGACA